AUGAGUUCAGACUCUUAUUCUGUCCCCUUUUUAUGCAAUUUUGAUGGUCAAUUAAAUGACACAGACUCUGUAAUUGUAAAGAAUUUGUGGUCUGGCUAUUGGUUAUUAGAAGAUGUAAAUUUAUCCAAGCAAAUCAUAACUGAGGGAGUGGAAGCAGACACUAUUACAAAUAGGCUUAAGGAUGGUGGCCACGACAACAAAAUGUCUGAGAAAAUGUUGCAAAUGGCAAUUAGUUCACUCUUAACAUUUUGUGAAAGAAAUUGGAAUCCUCAUCCAGAUGAAUUUAACUUAGAGAAACAUCUUGGCAUUGAAUGGCCUAAGAGUUUAGAUGUAUCUACUCUACUACAAAGGGACUCAGAACCUAUGUACGCUAACAUUUUGUACCCAGAGCUUUUAUAUUUGUCUUCUCAAAUUUUUUCUGCACUCUCCUCUUUUGAGCCAAGUUUAGUAAAUCUGUGGUGGCAUUUUCGAAGUAAAGUUACACACCAAAGAACUUUGGAAGAUACAAGCGCCACUCUUUUUAAUGAACUUGAACUUAUAAUAGCUAAGUUAUACAAUGAAUCACAAACAUUGGACGACAAUAGGCUGAAAAUCCUACUGUAUUGUGAAAUAGCUCAAGCUUACUUAUUAUAUGGUAGAGUUCAAAAAGUUGAUGAAUAUUUGAUAAAAGCUAGAGAAUUGGCUGGACUGAAAUUAGAAUUGACUGGUGUUCUAGGCAAGCGCACAAAGUUCCAACAAGAAGCAUUAGCACAAUUAGCAUUAUCUAGUGAGCUGGACGAAAACUUUGAACGUCCUUCUGCCGAACAGAGCCAUGGUGGGUCAGACCUCCCACAGGAUAUAGAGCUACAAGAUGACCUCAGGUUAAGCAAGAUUCAGUUCAAUGAGAAUAUAAUGCAAGCUGAGCUGCCUAGCUUAGAACAAACUCUUUGUUUGUUGACUGUUCAAUAUCUACAGAAAUCCCAACCGAAGGAUGAUCUAAUGAAUGAAGAGUUACAACCAUAUAUUGAUGCUGUGUUAUCUCAGAAGAAAGGGCCGUGGUCGACCAGAGUAGCCGCUUUGUUGAUACGAUGCAAACUAGAGGCUAGUCACAAGAGAACUGUUGAAAGGGCCAUGUUGCAAUGUGAGACAAUUGUCAAUGAUAAGUCUGGAGUCACUAAUACAAGCAGAUUGUCAUACCUAUGGGCGACUGGUUUGUCCCCAUCAUGGACAUGGAGACAGCAACUUGCAGACUUAUAUUUGAGUUUAGGUCUCGUGAAGGCCGCUCUAAAUGAGUAUCAAGCUCUGCAAUUAUGGGAGGAUGUUAUUGUGUGCUACACUUUAUUGCAACUAAGGCAUAAGGCUGCUGAAGUGAUUCAACAACAGAUCAACAUCAAACCAACAGUGAAACUAUACUGCCUCCUCGGAGAUGCUACAGAUGAUGUAACUUGUUACGCCAAGGCUUGGGAGUUUUCGAACUGUAAAAGUAGCAGAGCUCAAAGACACUGGGGCAACUAUCUCUUUGAUCACAAGAAAUAUGAUGAGUGCAUUCCACAUUUUGAAAAAUCAGUAGAAAUUAAUUCUAUUCAAGAAAGUGUCUGGCUGAGAUUGGGCUUUGCAGCAUUGGAAACAGAAAAAUGGGAGUUGUCAGCUAAAGCAUACCGAAUGUAUACAUAUUUACAUCCAAACACAUUUGAGGCCUGGAACAAUUUAGCGAAAGUUUAUGUGAAACAAGGCGAUAAAAAUCGUGCGUAUAGAGCGCUAAUGGAAGCUCUGAGAUUUAAUUACGAUAAUUGGAAGCUUUGGGAAAAUGUAAUACUAGUAAGUAUAGACACAGGUCAUUUUGAGGACGUCAUGAGAGGUGUUCACAGGCUACUUGAUAUCAAGAAUAAGUUUGACGAUGUCGAAGUACUGUCGUUGUUUGCGAAAGCGAUCGUUCAAGACAGCAAGGACGCUGAUGGGAACAGUACUGCCAGGUUAAGAAAACGUGCUGUAGAAAUGUUUGGAAGAAUUACAGCAGUUCAUCAGAACAAGCCAGAAAUAUGGCAACUGUACUCAGAUAUAAGUCCAACAUACUUGUUGAAAGGGCAAAGAUUAUUGAAAGCUUAUAAAGGAUUCACACAGAGUGGCAACUGGUCUAACAAUCCAGAAACAUGUUUAAAAGUGAUGGAACUAACAGAACUUCUAUUAGACUACAGUUUAAAAGCUAGGCAGGAAGCAGAAGAUAAAGAUAUUCUUCAAGCCAAUCAACAAUUAUCAUCAGCUCGCUUGACUGGGCAGGCCGUUAUAAGAGCAGUAGAGAAACAAGAUUGGCCUGAAACCCAACAAUUACUUAAAGUUUUGAAAGAAUUAUUCAAUAAUGUUACAGAAUAUAUGAAAUCUGUUAUGUAAUACUAGUUUUAUUUUUUAAUUGAAAUAAAUACAUUUAUAAUUUAUUAAAUGAAUAUAAAUUAGGAAACAAUAUA